AGCGAGUUAAGGCUCGGAAUAAGGCAGCGAGGAAGGACUCUCGGACUAAUGUCUUUCCCGGAGCCAAAGCCCCGGGGCCCGGAGCUGCCGCAGAAACGGUUGAAGACGCUGGACUGCGGGCAGGGGGCAGUGCGAGCCGUGCGCUUUAAUGUGGAUGGCAAUUACUGCUUGACAUGCGGCAGCGACAAGACCCUGAAGCUGUGGAACCCGCUACGGGGGACGCUGCUGCGAACGUACAGCGGCCACGGCUACGAGGUGCUGGACGCGGCCGGCUCCUUUGAUAAUAGCAAUCUCUGCUCUGGCGGCGGGGACAAGGCGGUGGUGCUGUGGGAUGUGGCAUCUGGGCAGGUCGUGCGUAAAUUCCGGGGUCACGCAGGGAAGGUGAACACGGUGCAAUUUAAUGAAGAGGCCACAGUCAUCCUGUCUGGCUCUAUUGAUUCCACUAUCCGCUGCUGGGACUGCCGCUCUCGGAGGCCUGAUCCAGUGCAGAAGCUGGACGAAGCCAGGGAUGGUGUAUCCAGUGUGAAGGUGUCAGAUCAUGAGGUUCUGGCAGGCUCUGUGGAUGGCCGGCUGAGGCGCUAUGACCUGAGGAUGGGGCAGCUCUUCUCAGACUACGUGGGCAGUCCCAUCACUUGCACCUGCUUCAGCCGGGAUGGGCAGUGCACCCUGGUGUCCAGCCUGGACUCCACAUUGAGGCUCCUGGACAAGGACACGGGGGAGCUGCUAGGGGAGUACACAGGCCAUAAGAACCAGGAGUACAAGCUGGACUGCUGCCUGAGCGAGCGUGACACACACGUAGUCAGCUGCUCCGAGGAUGGGAAGGUGUUCUUCUGGGACCUAGUGGAGGGUAUCCUAGCACUGACCUUGCAAGUGGGUCCUGGUGUGGUCCAGUCACUGACCUACCACCCAACAGAGCCCUGCCUGCUGACUGCCACAGGGGGCAGCAUCCAUUACUGGCGGGAAGAGGCCUAUGAAGCUGAGGGUGGUACAGGUUGAAGCCAGGGAACCCACCACCGCCAAGGACACAGAUGCAGACUCUAGACCACUGAGACCAUUUAUUCUAGAAGUACCAUGGACCAAGGAAUGAAGAAGGGGCUGGGUCUGCAAAUGAAUAAAUAGGGUGGGCCCUCCCUGG